CGGCUUCCUGAGGACUUGAAAGACAUCAAAUGGUGAAAUGACUCAGGAAUUGCUGACAAGUAUAACAGAUAUACUGGAUUCAGCUCAACAUCAGAAAUUACAGCUGGCAGAUUUAUUAGAUAAUUUGAAGGAAUUGAAACAACAGGUUCAAGAAAGUGCCAGAGAAUCCAGAAGUAAACUUAAUAAACAUUUUGAAAGUUUAAAGAAGUAUAUCAAUGAAGUAUUAGAUAAACAACUGUGUAAAUUACUAGAUGAAAUAGACACAAUUGAAAAGGAAGCAGUCACGCCAUUAGCUCAAUGUGAAGACGUCAUAGAAAAUGGAAUUGAAAAUGCCAAGACUAUUUUGGAAGAAGGAAACUUGAUUUUACAAAAUGAUCCUGAAAAAAACUUAGAUAAAAUAACCAAGUUAAAAGAAAAUCCACUUACCUCUUCAUUGAAUAGUGUUCCAGAAAUACCAGAUCGUUCUGCUGUACCAUGUAUAUCAGUAGAAUUAUUACCCAAUAUCAAAUCACAGUUAACUGAUAUCAUACAUAGGGAGGGAAAAGUAAUAGCUGGUGCUGCUGUACAGAUAACAGACGUUAUAGAAAGACCAGGCAGUCUUCUUGUGGAAUGGAGCGAGACUGAUGAGGAUGCAGAUUUGAAUGAAUUUUGGUUGCAAUCAUCUUAUGGGAAUAUCAAAUCUAAUGAUGACAUGAGAGGCACAUUUGAUACAGUUUACACCGGUCCUAACAGAGCUCAUAUUGUACGUCAUCUACAAACUAACAAACCCUAUUCUUUCCGUGUCUGUGGGAGAUAUGAUAAGGACAGUCCAUGGAGUGUUUGGAGUGUACCUUAUACAGCCACUACAACCAUACCUCAUUAUCAAUGGACAAGUAAUCAGGAAGGGUAUUAUUGUGGGUAUGAAGAGAAGACAAUAACAAGAACAGAUAAAGGUUUAACAACAGUUAUAUAUUCUAAUAUACCCAGUUAUGCACCUGGGGAUCAGAUCUCAUUUAAAUGUUUAGAAACAGGAGAGAAAUCAUUCACUGAUGGUAUUGGUUUAGCUGGUAAUAAAGAAGAUAUGGAUAGUUUAGAAAGACAAGGUGCUAUAUUUGUCAAUACAAAUGGUAGUGUGUAUGUAGAUGGUAAAGAAAUGAAGAUGAAGCUACCACCAUUACUAAAAGGUUCAGUAGUAACAUUUCAUACAGAACAACUAUCUAACGGUAAACUACGUGUUGGUAUUGAGGUCCAAGAGAAAGAAGUCACAUUUGAUUGGAAAAUGAACCAAAACUCAUUGCCUAAUUCCCCUACUAUUCCAAACAUUAACAUGCAACGCCAAUUUUCAACCCAGAAUUUCUAUUUUGCCUGUAAAUUUACACAUGAAGACUGGAAAAUAUGUGUUGAAUGAUUAAUUUUCAUGAAAAAAUUAGCUUAGUUUGUACUGGAAAUUUAACAAAGCUGACCA